AUGCAAUCCGAUUGUUGUUGUCAAAGUUACCACUUUCUUGUCCGUGUCACGUCUGUUGCCUGUAUUUCCCAGAACGGAGUAGGGACGCAAUUAUCUUUACUUUCCUCAUCCAGCGUAUAUCGUUUCGACAUUGGUAUAGUUAGCCGAUAUAGUCAGAGGAAGAAACCCAUUCGCGACAACAUCCGGGUAGCGAUGCCGCCGGCAGGUGGAGACCUCCCUUCCAUUGGACCGAAGAUGGGUGCAUUGUGGGGUGAUAGGCGCACUGGGAAGCGCAGAGAGCAGGUGCAUCUGUGGAGCGCUGUUGCGCUGCAGGAGCACUUUGCCCGCGGUGCGAAAGUUAAUUGUCCGCUUCCAACAUUAGAGGAGGCGCCACCGCAGCUUCCAGGAGGACGCCUAACCCUCGCACAGAAGAUGGGACUCGUUCCCUUGCCGCCUCAGCCGCCCUCAGAGGAUGAGUGGUCGCGAAUAGAAGGUACGGUUUUGCGCCGUAUGCGAACGUUGCCGCUCGGCUCAAAUGUUUGCUGCAUUUGUCAAGAGCCCUUCUAUGCCACAAUGGAGCAGGGGCAGGUGCUGUUGAACUGUCACCACGUCUACCAUGAGAACUGUUUGCGGCAAUUCGAGCGCUUUACACGGCAACUUCGUGGAAAGUACGAUGCCACACCCCUUAGCUGUCCUAUGUGCCGGAACCCGCAUUAUCACAAACGUGUUUUUUAUGCUGGUAAGGCCAUGGAACAACGGGCAGCAAUAGUGAAAAUACAGGCGUUCUUCCGCCGCGUGUUGGCAAGGAAGAUUUAUCUGAAGAUGCGCGUGGAAAGCGAUAGUAAAUUCUGCGGAGAAUAUGCCACUAAGAGGCUGGCGCGUGUGUCUGAGGUGUGUGCCAUGUAUGCAACACUCCGAGAAAAAUGCCAGACCCGGCUGUUAGACAACAUUGGAGCGCGUCUACAGCGUCUUCAGCUGGAGGGCAUGACUCGAGCCCAGUGGGAUGCACUUCGCGAGCGGACGGAGAAGUCGUCACCCGAUGGCGUUGAUUGCCCCAUUUGCCUAGGUAGAGUUCCCCCGAAUCCUAACCGUGUCCUAGACGAGCCUGCGCCAACUGCAGAGGAUAUUGUAGCAUCCUUCCGAAAGGAGUAUGAAGCGCGCAGGGCUAAAGAAAAGGCUUCAAUGGAGCUGCCAAAAGGCUAUCCGAACAUCCGCUUAGUUUUUGGAGGGGGAGGAGAAGAGGGUGGUCCGCCGCAGAAGCCACCUGCGAGGAAGAGCGAACCAAAACGUUGUCGGGCUCAACAACCUUCACGGCGCGUGACUGCCUCGGAACCACCCAAAGGUAAACAAAAAGCAGACAAAAAGUCACCAACGGCUCACACGACCGAGCCUAGUGCUGUUAAUAAUACUUCUUGCGUGACCGCAGAUCCGACAGGCCAGCAACGAUAUGGUGUCCUACUGAGUUGUGGGCAUUGCUUUCACGACACUUGUCUCAGUACCUUUGAGCGCUAUACAGAAAUGACAGCCGUAUCUGGCGACAGCGACACGCUUCUACCCACAUGUCCGGUAUGCCGAUCGGCUUAUGUGAAGGUUGACUACUAA